GGGCACCUCAUUCUUUGUUGGAAGUUUGGUGGAAGAAGUUGUAUUGUCUUCUAUUUACGUCUUUUUAUUAUAGUUGGAAAUUAAUAAAUAAUCAUUUCUGUUUCAAGAUGCAGAUUUUCGUUAAAACCUUGACUGGUAAAACUAUUACUCUUGAGGUAGAGGCAUCAGACACCAUUGAGAAUGUUAAAGCCAAAAUCCAGGAUAAAGAAGGAAUUCCCCCAGAUCAGCAACGUCUAAUCUUUGCUGGUAAACAAUUAGAAGAUGGUAGAACACUUUCAGAUUACAAUAUUCAAAAGGAAUCAACAUUGCAUCUUGUUCUUCGCCUUCGUGGUGGAAUGCAAAUUUUUGUUAAAACCUUAACUGGCAAAACCAUCACGUUGGAAGUUGAAGCUUCUGAUACUAUUGAAAAUGUUAAAGCGAAGAUCCAAGACAAAGAAGGAAUUCCACCAGAUCAACAACGUCUCAUUUUUGCCGGUAAACAAUUGGAAGAUGGAAGAACAUUAUCCGACUAUAACAUCCAAAAAGAAUCAACGCUCCAUCUUGUUCUUCGCCUUCGUGGUGGAAUUUAAAUUUUUAUUAAUACCAUCAGUUUAAAGAUCAUAUAUAUUGUAAUCAAGAUAGAAAUA